AUCUUUUGUCCACCCUUUCAUUACUUUUUGCCUCGCACAUUCUUUUAUUUGGGAGACUGUUUGGGAGGAGAAAAAUUCAUGUCGCGGUGUGCUAUUUGUUUUUUUAUUUCUUCUCUGCGCCGUGUCCCAGAUGGCAAGUUGUCAUGCUGGACAUUGUGUUCGAUCCACAGAUCUCCGGGAUGUUCUGUCUUUGCUCACCUCGCGUUCACUGUUACACAAAAUGGUCUUUCCAUGCGGUUUCGCCGUCCAUUUAUAGGCUGGGAAAAUAUGGGUUGGAUUUGGGGCUAAAAAAGUUACCUGGCGGUUGUUCUCUGGUUGCUGUAGUUAUAUCUGUUUUCUGGUGUGGGAUUGAUUUCUUCCCAUGCAUUUCUGUUCUUGGACAUAUAUCUUGUAGUAGCGUUUUAGUACGCACCGCGUCAGCGUUAGAUUUGUUUUCAGUAAUGUUUUCCUUUUUCACCUCGCGUUCUACAUUCUGUACUCUCCGCCUCGUGGCGUCUCAUAUUUCCAUCCUGUAUACUUCGGUCCGAAUCCGAGAACGGUCAUCUGCUGUUUGUCUGAUUAAUUUGCGCAUUUAGAAUCCUUCCGCCUCACGGCAUCUCCGAAACACCCUGUAUAUUACACCCUGCUAGUUCUCAUCAAAAAGGCGGCAAUUUUUUAAUUUUUUAAUAAUUUUUUGCUUUACGUUGGCGUUAG